CUCCCCAUCGCGCGGAGGAGUCAGUCAGACGGAUAUCUACACGUAUUGUUUCUGUUCUGAAAGUGGUGGUGUGUGCACUCUUACGUGUCCUCGAUAUUAUCCGCCUACUUAUGCAGCUGUAGCACAACUCAAAAAUGCAACGCCACCGAAAUUGAAAAGAUCGUCGCCGCCGUCAUCCGUGCAUCGUCAAGUUGUGCAGAGUCGCGCAACGACAAAAAGUAUCUCUCUCAACAACGGAGGCUUAAAAACCUUCGUUGUUAAGUUUCUCGCUCGCUCUGUUACCCAAAAGUCUCAAAGCACGAAAAUACUUUCACUUGAGACUGCGAAUCGGAAUUGUACGUAUGCUCGCUUUGGUUUCAGCGUCAUUUCGUUCUCACAGAUAGAGACUGUGUGGGGUUGGGCGUCGCCUCCGCUGCGCCUUCAGGUAGCAGCCGGGGCCCCUACACAGCAACAACAGCCACCGCCAUCAGCACCAAAUCAACAGCAGCCGCAACCACAGGCGCCAUCGCCACGCGGUGGAGCAUCAUCGAGAAUGGGUGAAAUGGUGGUCGAUCGUGCACCAUCGCCCGCACGGCUAAGUCACACCUCGGAGAAACACCCAAGAGCUACGCUCACUGAGCUCACUGUGCUCAGAAGGCACAGGGAGCUCUGCGACGUUGUGCUCAAUGUCGGCUCCAGAAAGAUCUUCGCUCAUCGGGUUAUAUUGUCGGCGUGUAGUCCGUACUUUAGAGCGAUGUUUACGGGCGAGCUAGCGGAAUCGCGGCAAACAGAGGUGACAAUACGCGACAUAGACGAAAUGGCAAUGGAGCUGCUAAUUGACUUCUGCUAUACGUCUCAUAUAAUUGUUGAAGAAGCGAACGUGCAAACAUUACUUCCAGCCGCCUGUCUCCUACAACUUGCUGAAAUUCAGGACAUCUGUUGCGAGUUCCUUAAACGACAGCUCGAUCCGUCCAAUUGUCUUGGCAUACGAGCUUUCGCCGACACUCAUUCCUGUCGCGAACUAUUGCGGAUUGCCGAUAAAUUCACACAACACAACUUCCAGGAGGUAAUGGAAAGCGAGGAAUUCCUUCUACUGCCAGUCGGCCAGUUAGUCGACAUAAUCUCAUCGGACGAGCUAAACGUGCGUACGGAGGAGCAGGUAUUCAGUGCUGUAAUGAAUUGGGUCAAGUAUAACGUGACCGAGCGUCGUCAACAUCUCGCCCAAGUGCUCCAACACGUGCGUUUACCAUUGCUCAGUCCUAAGUUCCUCGUCGGUACCGUCGGCUCGGAUUUACUCGUCAGAUCUGACGAUGCGUGUCGUGAUCUCGUCGACGAAGCGAAAAAUUACCUGCUACUACCACAAGAGAGACCAUUAAUGCAGGGACCAAGAACUAGACCGAGAAAACCUACACGACGUGGAGAGGUAUUAUUUGCGGUUGGUGGAUGGUGUUCAGGCGACGCGAUAGCAAGCGUAGAGAGAUUUGAUCCCAACACCGUCGAUUGGAAAAUGGUUGCACCGAUGAGCAAACGAAGAUGCGGUGUUGGUGUUGCAGUAUUAAAUGAUUUGUUAUAUGCCGUUGGUGGUCACGACGGACAAAGUUAUCUGAAUAGCAUCGAAAGGUAUGAUCCACAAACAAAUCAGUGGUCGUGCGAUGUUGCGCCGACGACGUCAUGUAGAACUAGUGUUGGUGUGGCUGUACUCGAUGGAUUCUUGUACGCUGUUGGUGGACAAGACGGCGUGCAGUGUCUUAACCACGUCGAGAGGUAUGAUCCAAAGGAAAAUAAGUGGUCGAAAGUCUCGCCAAUGACGACACGACGACUUGGCGUAGCUGUGGCAGUGUUAGGAGGUUACUUAUACGCUAUCGGCGGGUCCGAUGGUCAAUCACCGUUGAACACAGUUGAACGCUACGACCCACGGCAAAAUAAGUGGACGCAGGUUUCACCUAUGUCAACGAGACGCAAACAUUUGGGUUGUGCAGUAUUUAAUAAUCUUAUUUACGCGGUUGGUGGAAGAGACGAUUGUAUGGAACUUUCAAGCGCUGAGCGAUAUAAUCCACACACGAACUCUUGGAGUCCUAUCGUUGCUAUGACUUCUAGGAGAAGUGGGGUAGGUUUAGCAGUAGUGAACGGUCAACUAUACGCAGUAGGUGGUUUCGACGGCACGGCCUAUUUGAAAACAAUCGAGGUGUACGAUCCAGAACAAAACCAAUGGCGUCUAUGCGGUUGUAUGAAUUACCGUCGACUAGGUGGUGGCGUAGGUGUGAUGCGUGCACCACAAACCGAGAACUACAUUUGGUAGCUCAGGCCCCCCACUUCAGCCAGUACCUCCACGGCUGAAUGCACGACGCCUCUGACGACGCCAGUGACUCCAGUGACACCUGUAACUCCACCUGCACCUAUAUCCGCUCCAUUGCAGGCUAACAAUAACAACAAUUCUAGCAACACUAGGAAGCGCUAUCGACGCUCCAUGAGCAUCAUUUAAUGUUUACUACAAUUUUGUUCCGCGCAUGCACUGCAAAUUCCGAUUGGUUUACUCUGGGAUGACGUUAGGUGAGUUUUAUAGGAGCAAUUGUCUCUAUCCAGGUUUUACUUCUCUUAGGAAAAUUGAUUUUAUUUAGUCGUAAGUUUUACUAAAAUAGAUUUUUAUUUUUUAAACGAUUUUUUUAUGUACCUACCCAUUCGUCUUUCAAAUACCGGUUUCCACGUUUCCGAGAGUAAACUAAGUAUAGCUACAUCGACAUUUACCAAUUAUCAUUUAUAAUUGUACUUUUCCCAUGGAUUUAAGGAACUCGUAAUAAAAACUACUAAAUUCGAUCCUAAAGCUUUAAAGUACAACAAGGUGUUAGUGAGAAUCUGAGCGCAUUGCUGUCACAAAUCAGAGGUAUCGCACUGUUAUUAAACAUAAUUCGAAAGACUUAAGAGGUAUUAAAUAACCAAGCAGCUAACAUUCAUCACUGAAUACAAUACAAUUUAAGUGAGGGCUAGUUAAAUGCCCGAAGCCAAGGACUGUGUUAUUAUAAAUAUAGGUUCGCUCGAUGAACAAGUUAUAAUUAUAUAAUUUUCGUAUCGAGUUACUUACUUUAUUGUUUAUUUUAUUUAAGUUUUUUUUCCAAGACUUCAAAAUAAACGAAUCAUGAAUAAUUCUUGAAAGCGUACCGUAGUGUACGAAAUGUUUUUAAAUAAUUCGUAUAAAUCCGUAACUGUCAUAGAUUUUAAAAGUAAAAACUGGACACUUUAUUUAUUGUAGAUAAAGUUAUUAUGAUUUUGUAAUUUCUUUUUUUCACCGUGUUGUACGCAUUAUUGUUUUUACUUGAAUGUAAAUUUUUAUUUGAAAAACAAUUCGAAAAGCAACUUCAACAAUACGUGAGUAAAACGUGUUUUAGCACUAAAAUUACAUUUAUUUCUAAAAACCGAAAUUGUUUGAAUAUAAAUGAAAUAUAUACAUUGUAUAGUUGUGUGCGAGAUUAUAAUCUUGUCAUUAAAAUCAAGCAUUAAUUAAAUUAUUAUACUUAAGUAAUAGAUAAUUAACGCCAAUAUCUUGCUUGAUAAAAUACAUGUAUAAUCUUUAAAAAAUAAUGCUAUAACUCUGUUCAAACAAGUCAAUCUUUUUCAGACAAAAUACAACAAAUACUGUAUUAUAAAAGGCGAGCGUCGUUGUAUCAUAUACACCGACGCAAAGGAUACCUGUUUUUUUUGUUUACGCGCCUAAUUAUAAAACUUCACUGUGAGAGGAAAUUUUGUUGAUGCACUCAGUCGCAUGGUUAUUGGAAUAAUUAUAACGAGAAUACACCAGGAAAAUUAUUGUCAUUAAAUAGCGAAAAACAAUAUACUAAGAAUUGAAUUAUUGAAAAUAAAGAAAAAAGCGCGCAAAGCACACUUUUUUUAAGUUUGUAUAAUUCAAAAUAUCUGUAUGAUUGUAUGUACAAGAGCAUUUGAUUAAUUUUGUAUAUAUUGAAAAUAUAUCUGAAAUAUAUUGUUAAAACUGAUGCGAAAUAUAUCUUGUAUUUAUAUUACUUUUCUCAGUAUA